UUUUAAAAUAGGGAGCAUUAUUUUAUCUCUCUUUCUCUUUUCUUUAUUUUUUUUUCCGACCUCCGACCUCCAGCCAAGCGCCUCACCACUGAUACUCCGGCGCCGCUUCCAGCUCCGUCGCCCGCUUCUCUGCCGACCUCCAAACUUCAGCCAACUCAUCGGUCACUUGCUUCGAAUUUGAAACCAGGGCUGCGCGCAGAAGCAACAUUGCAGAACAGCCAUGAAUCCUGUUCCAUUCCAAUCUGCGGCACCACCGCCAUGGUUUCCGAUGUUACCGCCUAACCCGCCAAUGUCGUGUGCCUUUUGGGAGACUAAAAAUGUGAAGGAUCGGCUUAGAGAGCUCCAAGAUACUCUUGAUCUUGCAGAAGCAAUGGAGAAAGAGCUAGAGAUGUUGGUAAUGAUCAAAGAUGGUAAAGGGUGUAUGGAAGAUGAAGGCUAUGGGUCCAAUGGCAUUUCAGUUCAUGGGUUCAAAAAAAUUUUGGAAGAUAAGGGGGUUAGUAUGGAAUCCCAAGAGUCGCGUUCAGUGAUUGCCGCGAAUACAUUGAUGGCAAAAUUAAGAGCUCAGCUUGAACCAUUUAGGGUGAUCACGGAUGAAAGGACUCCAUGGGAGGAAAGGUCUGCCGCUGUUAGAUUGUCUGAUAAAAUAGGGAAGCAUAAACGAAAUAAACUUUGGAGGAAAAGAAAGAGGAAGCGCAUCGCAGAAAUGCGUGCAAAGGAGCGUGAACUAUUUGAACAAGCUGAUCAAGAAGCUGAUGAAUGGAGGGCUAGGGAGAUUGCUAAUGAUAUUGCAAAGCGCAAGGUAGAGAAGAUGAAAGAAGUUGCAAAACUUAAAGCAAAAGAGGAGAGAAAGAGACUAGAAUUGGAGCUUGAGCAGGUAUUAAUUGUGGAGAAAUUGCAAGAGUUGCGUUCCAUCAGGAUCCAAAAAUUGAAGAAACAAGGUCAUUUUCUUCCCGAGGAGGAUGACAAGUUCCUUGAGAGAGUUCAAGCUGCGGUUGAAGAAGAGGAGCGCCAGGCAAUUGCUGCAGCUGACACGGAUGCUGCUAAGGAUGCCAUUGCUACUGCUGAGGAAUCUAGGAAACCCCUCCAGAGUCACGGGCCUGACUCAAAAGUUCUAAGCAGUGAUAAAGGCAGUAAUAAGGAAAGUAUAGACCAAAUAAUUAAAACUGAAAAUAAUAAACGCCCCACUACAGUCACUGCCAGUGAAGGCGGAAAGCAAGGAUCAGAGGGACACGGAUUUAGUGGAGCUUAUGAAUCUGUGGCAAAUCUACCAUUAGAGUUCUAUCAUUAUUAUCAUGGCAGCAAUACUGAUAUCGGCACGCUGAUUGAGGUGAGAAGAGCAUGGGAUGCAUAUAUAAGACCAGGAGGAAGCCGCAUACCAGGGCAUUGGGUUCAACCAUCUCCUCCAGCAGAUGAGAUAUGGGCAUCCUACCUGGUGAGGCCUAAAUGAUGCCUUGACUGCAGAGUUUGUGGCUGUUUUGCUGAAAACAUGGCGAUAUGUUCGAAGUUUGAUAGCAUUUGUAAACUCAUUUUCCUCAUCUGGUAGGCAUUUACUUAAUGUACUAGAUAUUCAUUUGAAAUCUGUGUAAGGUUUCUUCCAUAUGGCGACUAAGCUUGCGCAGCAUUGUCAAAUACCAAUAUGCAUAAAGCAGAAAGAUAUAGCUGAUUACAAAGACUGGGUGCGAGCCUGAGCAUGUUAGAUAGCUGGAAGCCUGGAAGGGACCAAAGUCUGAAGUUAUCAAUCCAGAAACAAGACGUCACAAAAAGACAUUCGCAGAGAGCAUAUACCGGAAGGCUUGUAUAUGGCAUCAAGGAAUCCAUUACAGGAAGAGGAAGGUUUAAAAUUUUGACUGGUGUAAAGCUCGUCUUGAUGUAUCUUGAUCUUAUAUAUUUGUAUAUAUACAUGGAUGUCCAAAUAAAUACACAUGAUAUAUGUACUAUGGUUCUCAAGAAGAGUCGAUCGUCUUUUUCUUUUCUUUUCUUUGGGAGUAGGUGGGGUAGAUGGGGUUGGAAAUGAGGGUUAUUAUGCAGAAGCGGGACAUUCAAUGUAAUUUGAAAUUUGAAAUUUGAAACGGAACCCUUUCAUGCAUUGUUCAAAAUGCUACAACA